AUGGCGGAUGGGGAAUGCCAGGGUUGCCGGUCGGCUCCGAUCCUCGUCCACCACGUCCCUCACCUGGGCGUAUUUUCCGCGCUCUGCACCGCCUGCGUGCUCCGCCACAAGCCCGGCAGCUUCUGCCCCGUCUGCUUCGACACCUACGACGACAGCACCCGCCCCGCCGCCCACUCCCGCAUCAUGUGCCUCCGCUGCCCCGCCCUCGCCCACCUCACCUGCCUCCCCUCCGCCCGCUCCUCCCGCUACCUCUGCCCGCAGUGCUCCGACCCCGCUUUCUCCUUCAUCGAUUCGGGGCCCGCCGCUGCCGAUGGCACGGCCGCGGUCGCCUUCACCAAGGAUUUCGCCAAACAGCAUCUCUGCGCCGCCAAAAUCGCCGCCGCGUCCAUGCACAGGGCGGCGGCCGUGGCUAGAGCGGAUGCGGAGCAGAAAGUGAUGGGAGCUCUGCUGGCGAGACGAAACGCGAAGGAAGCUAUUGAGAGAGUCGCGCAUUUGAUGUCCAAUCAACCGGCGCAGGACCACUCCGACGUCGACGACAGAUAA